GUUGACGUUCAAGACAGCUUUAGCGACGUGAUGACGUCAGAAGGUGUGUCCAAACAGAGGACAGAGAGGGGACUCAUUCUACAAUGGGAGAUAGUUUUCGCGAGCAGCUGUUAGAGGACACUGUCUUCCUCAGAGCUGAGCAGAGACUGGACACAGAGCUGGUGGACAAACUCAUCCUGCAGCUCAACAGAAUCUACCCGCAGAUCCUCACCGACAAGGAGGCCACGAGAUUCAGAAAUUUGGACGUACCAACAAGCGUCCGCCUGGGUGAGCUCCUGACACAUCUCCAGGGGAAAGGUGAUGAAGCCUGCAGGGAGUUUUACAGAGCGCUCCACCUCCAUGUGGAGGAGGUAUACUACAGCUUGCCAACACGGCUGCGCCUCAGAGAUUCUCUCAAUCCACUCACAAGUCCACAGAUCCACUCACAGAGAAACGUUCUAAACGACAGAGGUCCUCUCUUUUUCCUGGGCUGUUUCGGCUUUGCUGUGGGAAUAGCUUUUCUCUAUUACUAUGGCGAAGCUAAAGUGUCGGGAGGCAGCCAGGCCCUUGGAAUGGCCGCCCUCGGUCUGAAGAGAAAAGCGCAGGAGGUUCUUAUUUGGUACACCAAAGAGGGCAUAAUGAAGUAAUAAGGGUAAUCUCCAUACUUGGUGCAUCAGAAUUUCUGACACUACAAAAAAAAACUGUUUUUUUUUUUUUUUUCUGAUUUUGUACACAUUAUGAACUAUGCAAAAAGUACAUAUUAUUUUUGCUACUGAUCUGAAUGACAAGGGGAGACACAUUUGACACUUAGGUCACACUUUAUAUAUUGCUAUAAUGUAAAUUAUUUUUAUACAUAAAUUUACCUAAUUUUAUGCUAAUUAAAAACAAUCAAGGGAUAAUGAAUUCUUAUAUAAAAGCACCAACCUCUGCAUUUUUUUUUGUUGGUGUUUGAGUUGAUGAAAUGUUAGGUUAUUGAGUUUAGUCUGUACUCAGUGUAUUUCUGUAUGUAAUUUACAGUCCAUUGAGACCACAUUUUAAUAUUAUGUUUCGGAACAACCACAAAUUUUAUAUAUUUUAUUGGAAUUCUGUAUGACAGACCAAAACAAUAUAAUUUAUAAUUAUAUUUAUAAUGACUUUCAACUUUUUUCUACCAAUAAAAACCUAGUCUUUGUCAGCUUUGCAAAAAUAGACAUUGAAAUAUUUUUCUAAUUCUUUUUUGCCAAGUUGCUCAAGUUGUGUGAGAUGGGAUAGAAGUUUAAGACUUGCUAUAAAUUGUCAAGUGCAUGUUUAUGUGUCUGCUACAAGAUGAACCUCUGAUCAGUUUCUUUUGCAGCCCUUAGCAAGUUUUCGUUCUCAAUCUCCCAGACUUUUGUUCCAUCUAUCAUCAACUCUACCCAGCUUUCAUGUUUCUGCUGAAGACAAGUAUCCCCACUGCAUAAUGAUUCUCCUAUCACCAUGUUGGUUGUGACAUUUUGCAUGUUGGCCAUAAAAUGUUUGUCUUUGUAGGUUUGCAUUGCAACAAACAUUUUCGAUUCUCAGAUAAUAUUGUGCUUUGCUAUUUAUGCGAUGUUGAUUUACAUGAAAAUCUUCUUUAAAUACUUUACUGUGGUUGUUCACUAAUGUUCUCUAACAAUCCCAUAAAGCCUUCACAGGACAGCUGUAUUCAUAGAAAUUAAAUUACACACAGGUGGAAAAGAAAAAAAGUCUGUGAUCGUAGCAUGAAAAAGAUUUGGAAUAGUUCAAGUAGCAUGGAUGCUUUUGCCAGGCACCAUAUGUAAGAAAUGCUAAAAUUGGCGUAACAACAUAAAGCAAAAGUAAAACCAGAUGGUCACAAACCUGUUUCCGUACCGUGAUUACCAUCUUGUGGACAUGAAGGAAACUACAUUAUUAAACUUGUAUUGAAUUUCAUGGGGUCUUUAAAAAUUGUUUCUCAUAUUCAAGCAAACAAGAAUUAAAGCGUGAAAAUCUAAACACCUUCAGAUAUUGCUAGAAGUAUUUACUAGACUAAUAAUGUGGUAAAAGCGUGAAUAGUUAUCACGUGAUACUCUCCGCCAAUAGUAUCGCGCUUUCGAACGCAGUGCAUUAUGGGUAUAGUUAUUACUGGGGAAAAAUAGUAAAAAGAAACAAAAUUAUGAAAUUUGUUUUUAGUUAUCUUGAUUCUGAGUUAAUUGUUCUGUAAAGUAAUACAAUUUUGUAGUUUUCGUAUCUCGGUAAGUAGAACCGUAAGUGAAACUGACGGUGAAGGUCGGUGUAUAUAUAGUGACGAAAAACCUGGGAAUUUGUGUGUUGUAUGAAAGGAGAGAAGGUUAGCACUCCCCUUGACAAGGAUGGAAUUGGCCCUUGUGGCCUGCAACACAUAUACGGUUAAGGCAUUGCCACCUACUUCGUGGCAUCUCUAACCAAGUUUUUUUUUUUUUUUAUUUGUUACCAGAUAGCAUUUUCUCUGCUAAUUUUAAACAUCUACAUUCAAAAGGGUAGAACCAUGUUUCCUGUAUAAAAUGUGUAACUGUAGAAAGGACGUGCCCUCUUCUGGCACUUUGUUGACUUUGUUUCCUCUAGACAGAGCGGAAAUUUUUUACUUUUCCUGUUGGCCCGCUGUGAUAUAGUUCUCGAGGGAAACUGUAGUAGUGUUUAUAAUGAAGCUCUAAGCCUGGUUUGAGAAGUGGAUUACUGCUAUUGAUGUAGUUUUCCUAACCUACGGCUAUAUAUGGUCUUGUGGAUUUUUUUGUGAAAUAGGUCACACUGCAAAAAUAUUAAGGAUGCAAAAAUGAAUUACAAUAAUAUAUUAUGUUUUUACAUGGUUUGUUUCUUUUUGUUGUUUUUCUUUUUUAAGAAACUAAAGCCACUGAGAGGGGCUUCGCAAACUAAUGCUCAAGAGUGGCCUCAAUUUUGACAUAUUUUAAAUGCUAAAUUUUAUCUUCACUGUGUCUUCUUUUGUCAAGAUGUGUCUACUGUAGAAAUGCCUUACUUUUGCAAGUACUAUCAUUUGUACAAGCUCUGAUUUGUUUUGUAAAUAAAAACAAAGGAGAGAAAAUAA